AUGUCUCGAAAAGAAAUUCAAGAAGCUACGUCUUCUUUCCAACAAGUAUGGAACCCGUUAGGUGCUAAAGUUUUCGAUAUAUAUCUUGAUGACGGUUCCACAGAUAGUAAAUCUUCCUCUAAAACAUUCCCAUUAAUAGACAUUUUCUCUGAUGAACUUAAACCCAAAAAGGUCAAGUUGGAAGAACAUUUAAGUUAUUUCCAAGACCAUUUCUUAACUGUCAAAAAAAAUCAAGAAAAUAACAAGAUCUCUGUCAUCCCAAUUAAACAAGAACAACCAAAGGAUAUCCAUGCAACCACUUCUCCACCAUUUCCACCAUCUCCUCCUCCACAGACUCUUUCACCAUCAACAUAUUCUUCUUCAAUAGAAUCUGAUAACAAUACUAAUAGUAAUACGGACGUUCUGUUAUUAAAUACUGGUAAGGGGAAACCUUCUUCAAACUUGAAAUCUGCCAUCUUGAAGAAAAGAAAUUCACAAAAAUCGUCUAGACACGAUUCAACGAAAAGAGUAAAACAUUUAGUUUCAUCAUUAAUGCUAGCUGAGGACAAUAAUGAUAAUAUCAAUACCGUCAGUAUUAGUAAUAAUACUGAAGGAACAAAAUCUAAAUCGAGUGCAAAGCAUUAUCCAUCUAAUUUAAACUCAUCAUCAUCAUCAUCAUCAUCAUCAUCAUCAUCGUCAUCAUCUUCUUCUUCAUUUUCUUACUCUAGAAAUUUCAUUUCUGCUUCGCAAAAUCAACAAUCAACUCCUUCCUCUGCAUCAGUAAACAAAGAUGCAAAUGAAAAAUGGACUAAAGAAGUGGAAGAUGCAUUUUUUGUUGCUUUAAGAAUGAUUACUAAAAAUGGAACAUCAAAAAUUAAAGUGAAAGAUAGAAAUUAUGGUAGAAAUGAAUUGAUUUCAUUAUACAUUAAACAUAAUACAAACGAAUUUAGAACUAAGAAACAAAUCUCUUCACAUAUUCAAGUCUUGAAAAAGACAAUUCAAAAUAAAAUUCAAUUAAAUAAUAAACUUAAUGAAAAAAAUAAUGCCAAUAACACCAUCAAUAAUACUAUUAAUAAGAACAAUGCAAAGAAUGUUCAUAAAAUUUCAAAACAUGAAAGGGAAAUUUUAUCAUUGAUCGAAAAUGGUGCUGCAAAGAAUUCUAAAUUUGUAAACUCUUUUGAAGAUGUAUUCUCAAGAAUCGUUGAACAAGAAAAGUUAGAAAUAGAAAAUCAAAAUAAAUCAAUUAAAUAUCAAAAUAUGAUGAUGAUUACUCCACAUACAGCAACAACCAAUAAAAUGAUCAACAUCGAUAGAUCGAUAUCUAAUCCUACUAAUGGAACCUCAUUCUUCCAAAAAGAUCCACCAUUAUUAUAUCAACAUGAUUUAAUGAAUAAAGUUAAUGGUUUGACUGAUAAUCAACAACAACAACUACAACAACACUCUCCAAAGAUAAUGACUCCACUUGAAUAUGCUAAAUCAAUAUAUCAAAAUUUUGAUAAUUAUAAAUGUGUUCCCGUUAAGAUGGAAAAUGAAAAUUUCCAAAUUUUCAAUAAUAAUAAUAAUAAUACUACUACUAUCACUACAACCAACUCCAGCAUUAUUGCGGAUAAUAAUAAUAAUUUUAGAACACAAUCAUUACCUCAUUUCCAAGAAUCAUCAGUAUUGGUCUAUAAACCCACAACAAUUGAAGAUAUCAACCAAAUGUAUAAUACCAAUACGAAUAUUGAUUCCGCUAAAGAUGAAAUGGAGAGUCCAGAUACAAAUGGUUUCCAUGAUAAUAAUAAUAAUAAUAAUAAUAAUAAUAAUAAUAAUAAUAAUAAUAAUGAAAAUCUUGAAGAAAUUAUUAGAGGUGUUAAAUUACAACAAAGGCAAUUAAUAGCUGAAAAACUACGACAUGCAACCGUUAAAAAUAUUGUCGAUAGUACUAGUAAUAGUGAUAAUGAAGGUAACAAUAAUACUAAGAGAAAUAAUAUCGCUUAUUAUAGAAAUUUACAAUGCACUUCACAAAACACUCCACAAAUAACAUCUUUUCCAACUCAACCAUUACCGUAUUUCCCCAAGUCCUCUGAAUCAAACGGAAAUGAACAACAACCACAACAUGCUAUAUAUUAUUCUCCACCUGCACCACAAAUUGUUAAUCAACAAUUAAAUGGACAGACAGAACAAAUAGAGAGCCUUAUCAAUCAACAAUCAUCACAAUUCCAACAACAACAACAACAACAAAAUAACUCGAAUUCCUUCAAGUCUAUACCUUUCGCAUCCCAACAAGAGAAUAUUUAUCACUUACAACAGCAACAAGUGCAACCAAGCAUAAAUAUGCAUAUACAACCGAAUGUCAUGUAUCAACAGCAGCAACAACAACAAUUGUCACAGUCACAACCACUACUACAACAAUCGAUACCAUCCUAUCAACAAUCUUUAAUAAAUAAUAAUCAAUAUUCUAACCAAUUAGCAAUACAAAUGCAACAGCAAUCGCAAAUGCAGAUGCCAACUCAAGUUUCAAAUCAACCUGAAGCAAUGUAUUAUAAUAUUACCCCAUCAUCAGCUAGUGCACCUAAUUAUCCAAUUCAAAUGUAUCAAUCACAACCUCAAUUCCAACAAGCACCCAUGCAAGGACAACUUAGACAAAGAAUUCAAGGACCUCAAUUCUAUUCAUAUGUUGAGGAACCAAAUUAUUCAUCACCACAAUAUUGA